UUGAAGGCGUUCGUAGCUUAAUUUCGCUUCCCGGUUUUCUGGUUCGAGGUCGACGAGCGUAAUCGCAAAGACGCGUUCUGUUUAUAAGCUGUGAAAUUUAUUAUUAAGAUUUGUGGGAAAUAUCCCAGAAGAUGAAGUCAACACGCAAAGUAGUUGGGAUUUUAUUGGCCUCCUGCCUGCUGCCUUUCACUGUUCUACACAAUGUUGAGGCCCAAGGAACUUGUAUAAAUCCCAACCAAAAACAGGGGCGAUGCAUGUCCGUAUACGACUGCCAAAGUCUGCUCUCCGUGCUUCAACAGACUUAUGUCAGUCCGGAGGAAAGAACAUUCCUUCGGAACUCACAGUGCCUCAAUGGAGUAGGUCGCCAGCCAUAUGUUUGCUGUACAAGUGAUCGCAGCUUUGGAUCCCAGGAGACCACCUCCGGUGCCCCGCCUCCGACGUCUACGAGUUCAAGUCCACGGGGUCAAGAAGGUCAGCCGAGUCAGGGUAGCGUGCUGCCCUCGCCACCCAAGUGCGGGCCCCACUCCUUCAGCAAUAAGGUCUAUAAUGGCAACGACACUGCUAUUGACGAGUUCAACUGGAUGGCACUGCUUGAAUACGUGGAUAACAGGGGACGUCGUGAGCUCAGCUGCGGUGGCAGUUUGAUCAACAAUCGUUAUGUUCUUACCGCCGCUCAUUGCGUCAUUGGUGCCGUAGAAACGGAGGUGGGUCGCCUAACUACCGUUCGUUUGGGUGAAUACGACACGAGCAAGGAUGUGGACUGCGUAGAUGAAAUAUGCAACCAGCCCAUUCUUCAAUUGGGCAUCGAACAGGCCAUUGUACAUCCCCAAUAUGAUCCUGCCAACAAGAACCGCAUCCACGACAUUGCCCUAUUGCGAUUAGAUCAACCUGUUUUGCUUAAUGAGUAUAUUCAGCCGGUUUGUUUGCCUUUGGUCAGCACACGAAUGGCCAUCAAUACAGGCGAACUCUUGGUAGUCAGCGGAUGGGGCCGAACCACAACAGCCCGGAAGAGCACCAUCAAGCAGCGAUUGGAUCUGCCCGUGAAUGACCACGAUUACUGCGCGCGUAAGUUCGCCACGAGGAAUAUUCACCUGAUCAGUUCGCAGCUCUGUGUUGGCGGGGAAUUCUACCGCGACAGCUGUGAUGGCGACUCCGGCGGACCGUUGAUGCGAAGGGGGUUCGACCAGGCGUGGUACCAGGAGGGCGUGGUCUCCUUUGGCAACCGCUGCGGACUAGAGGGCUGGCCAGGUGUCUACACACGGGUAGCCGACUACAUGGACUGGAUCCUGGAGACUAUUCGGCCCUGAGCAGGGGAACGAAGGCCGCUUUUGUCCUGAUAAUGUUUUAAUUAAAGUCAAGUCGAGAGUGCUCUUUGGGCAGGGCGCCCAUCCCUUAA